AUGCGGUCAGAGCUUCUUCUCGAUUUCGCAACGUGCGAGGUGGUCAAUUUUGACGAGAACGCUGCGGCAAUCGCUGAAAUGGUUUCCAAGUUCUAUGGACGGAAUAAGAAGGAGGCUUUGCUGCCGGAUUAUGAGUAUGUGAUUAAUAAGGAUGUUGUGUAUGUUGGCAGAUUCUAUCAUUUUACGUUGAAGGAUAGUCUGGUUAGCGAGGGGGAGAAUGAUAAGGAGGUUCUUACUAUUACUACACCUGGGCGUUUGAACACGUUGAAAUGGGUUGGAAAAUGUGGCUCGGAUGUGUUGGGAGAGGAUGAGGUGGAAAUUGUCAUUUGUGCUGCGGGUUUGACUUUUCGGGUGAGUUCAAGUUGUCUUUUCACAGGUCUCUUUUUUGGGAUUGACCCAUGAUGAAUGGGUUCCUUCUUGUCUCACUUUUUAACACCCUACAAAUCAUGAAAAGUGACUAAGUGAAGGCAGGACGUCCUUGUUGCCCUCAACUGUAGAGUUCCCUCAGCCUUCCCUCGGCUGGGAAGGAUCAGGUAUCAUCAAACGAGUCGGUUCCAAAGUAACCCACCUAAAAGCCGGUGAUCGCGGAGCCGCAUUUGGAGAGAACCUUUUGCAAACCUCCAAUACAAUGAAAGCCGCAGCAUUAGUCGAGAUCCCGGAUAGCAUGUCCUUCAACCAAGCCUCUUCGUCCUUUUCCCCUUAUUUGACAGCCAUGUAUUCUACGAUAAACGUCGGUGGUCUUGAGAAAUGACAGGUAAUUUGAUUUGUAAGUUGGGUUUGUGGAUACUGACAACUUGUAGUCUGUACUCAUAUCAUACACAGCGCGUGCGGUGGCGUGGGACUCACAGCAAUUGAGAUCGCGCGCAUGCUCGAGCUUGAGAUCUAUGCUGCUGUGGGCUCUCCGGAGAAAAUCGAGUACCUGGUUUAGAAGUAUGGGAUACCUCGAAGCCGCAUCUUCAACUCACGAUAUUCCUCCUUCGAGGACGGAUUUAUGUCAGAAACGAAAGGUGAGGGCGUGGAUGUAGUGUUAAACUCCCUUUCUGGCGAGCUUCUCUAUGCAUCUUCGAGAUGUGUAGCUCAAUUUGUGAAGUUGGUGGAGCUGGGGAAGACAGAUUUUGUGGGUCAUGGAAAACUGGAUAUGGAUGUUUUCCUUGGGAAUCGCAGCUAUUGCUAGGUACGUGUAUCCUGUAGGUAAUUUGCGUGUACCGACUAAUUCAGUUUCAGGUUGAUGGAAUCUCUCGCCAAACUCCUGGGAGAGGGCAAGCUACCCAGUCUUCAGCCACUUAAGGUGUUUGAUAUGACAACCGUAGAGGAAGCGUUCAGAUACAUGCAGCCUGGGCAAAAUAUCGGUCGUAUAUGCAUUUCGCCACGGGAAUCCCCGGACUCACACAUUGAUUUGACAACUAUGGUUACGCCCAGAACUCUGCAACUAGACGGCAAUGCUUCAUAUGUUUUGGUAGGUGGUCUUGGGGUUUUAGGCCGCGCAAUUGCAACUUGGAUGGUGGAAAACGGAGCACGUAACUUGAUUUACAUCUCCCGAAAUGAUGCACUGGGUUCGGAUGAUAAAUUGUUCGAGGCCGAACUCAAUAGCAGUGGCUGCAACGUCACUUUUCUGCGCGGUAGCGUUUCAAUAAGAGAGGAUGUAGACCGAGCAAUCGCAGCAUCAAUACUGCCACUGAAGGGAAUACUACAGAUGUCAGCUGUCUUCAAGGACGAAAACCUUUCGAAAAUGACCAUAGAUUAG